AUGGUAAAGUUGCAUUUUUUAUUAUUUUUUUUUUUUUUAAUAAAUUAUAUUAAUGGAUUUGUUUAUAAAAAUAAAAAAAGUAGGACAAAACGUUUUUUUAAUGGUUUAAAGAAAAAGUAUAAGAAUUUUAAAGAGAGAUAUAAAAAAUCAUUUAAAUUGAAAGAAAAAGAUGUAGUUGGCGAUUAUCAAAUAAAAGCUUAUUUUAAUUUUGAUGAUAAAUUUGAAAAGGAUUUUAAAUGGAAGUUAUUUUAUAUUUAUUCAAGAAGAGGAAAAUCUUUAUGUCAAUAUUUCAAAUUAAGAAAGAAGUACAAACAAAAGUAUGAAAGUAAAUCGUUUUCAUUUAAAAAAUAUUUUUCUGAUGUUAAUUUUGUUUAUACCCAAUUUACAUUAGAAUAUACACAUAUAAAGUUUAAUGUAAAUUUAGAAGAGAAAAAUAAAAUAUUAGUAUCCUAUAAUCCUAAUAUAACUGAUAAGAUUAUUAAGUCUUUAACAAAUCUUAUAAAUGGACAAGAUGUUAAACGUAACAAAAAACCUCCAAGUUGGAAGUUAACAUUUAAUUUUGUAACUGGAAAAAAAAGAUUAAUAAUUUCCAUUCCUUCUGAGGUUCCAGGAUUAUUUUUUACUUUUUAUUAUGAAAUAGUUGCCUAUAAAUAUUAUUUUUCUAACCCAUUUUCAUACUUUGGAGACAUAUAUUUUAGGUUUGGAGGAAAUCUUAAAAAAUAUAAAGUGGGGUAUUUUGACUUUAGCAAAAUUUAA